CCAUUCUUGUUUAUUCAUAGAUUUUUUUUUUUUUUCAUUUUGCUAAUAAUUCUAACUUUAAACUAGUCCCAGAGUGGAAAGGCCCAUUUACACUUGACAUCUUUUGUGAGAGAGCUUCAUUUACAAUAUGGAAAGAUGACUGAUAUUCAAUAGGUCCCUUCUUCCAGGUUUCUUUUCCAAAGGCAUCAUUUAUAGGUUGCCAGGUAACCAUAAAUCUUUGACUUUUACAUAAUACUUCAUUCAGGUACAAAAAGCAAGAUUUUUUUUUUUUCCAGAGCUGAAAUGGCAAGAGCUAUAUGAAAUGAACAGUAGCCUUAGCAAAAGUGUAUGGAGCUGACUACUGCUAUAUCCACACCAAAAUGUGGAAAAAGCCUUUUGUCAAACUCUUCUGUGGCCCUGCGAAUCCAAUCCCAAGCACAGACAGUGUGCAUUUUCCUAGCUGGAAAAGCAGGUGUCUGCUGCUCCCAGUCUGCUUCUGCAUCUCCACCGAGCUGGCUACAGUUUCUUCAAUGUGGGAGAGAGGAAUAACAAAGAUAAGUGUAAUUAAAAUUGUCAGCAUUAACAUAAGAAGCCAAAUGUCCCUAGAGGACAGUGCCAGCUCUUCCUUUCUCCUUCUGCUUUAAUCUGAGAAGAAGCUGAGUGCUGUGGAAUGGCCAGGAUCACUCAUGGAGCUGGGAGAAAGAGCUCAGUGAUGGCUCUGCCACUUUUUCAGCUCUACAAGGCUGAGGCUCAGUCACCACUUAGGGGUUACCUCGGGAGCCUUCAGUGCUAUGGUUUGAAACUAAAACUAAAGACUGCAUCAAAUUCUUUCCCCCUGGGGUGAGACACAGGAGGGGGAAGAACAUUUGCAUCCCUGCUACUCCAGAUUAUUUGAAAGCAUUGGCAUGACUGGGAUUACUGACUUGGUUAUUUCUGUUAUCUUACAUGGCAAGAUGGAAAUUUGAAGGGAAAGAAUCCACGUGUCUAAAUCUAGAGCUCAUCUUAUUUUAUAACUUCCAAGAAGCCUCUUUAGAGUCUUUCUAAGCAGUUAUUUUAAGAAGCUACCAGUUCAUUAGCAGCAGCUGAAAACCAGAACCUCCUGUUGAUGUAAAUCAGUCUGUGGCUGCACAGGCUCCAUAACCAGCACUGCAGAUGCGAGCUCUUCGUUAAAGGUAAUGUGAAGCAUGUGGGCAGUAACACACACAGCAGUGAAGUCUGAAGCUCGGGGAAUGUUAAACUCAUGAGGAGACACUUUCUCUUCAGCACCAUUCACACACUCAGCCUGACAACCAAACCACAGCUUUAGGAGAAACACCUCUUCCUGUGACAGGAAGUGACUUUCAGAUAUGAGGGGCUUGCUUUUUUUUAUUUUUUCCCUCUCUCGAAACCUGCUGUGCUGACAGUGACUAAGGAUAGCCAAGAUUUUGGUUAAUGGUUAACAGAGUAGGAUAACCACACAGACUCUGACUUCCUUCUGCUGGGGCCAGGACCAAAAGCUGCUUUGCUGGCUGGGGAACAGACAAGCGUGGAAAGCAGAGCAGUUCACACCGUGAAGGGCUGGAGAGCAGAGGCUUCACCCCGUGGAGAAAAGAGGAGGAAAAUCCAAAAAGAACAAGAGGUAUUUGCUAUAAAGAAAGCUAAGAGCUGAAACACUUUGCUGUUUAACUUACUGACUCAGAGGCUGUUGCUUGCAAACCAACAAACCCCACAGGUGUGGCUGGUUGAGACACACUCAUUAUACCCGACUGCUCGGACAUGUGUGGCUCGGGGAGAGGGGCUAAGUGAGGAGAAUCUGUUUGCUGUGAAUGUGAAACUUGGAGAAGGCAGGAGAGCACCUCCACCCUGGGACUGCUCAUGGCAGGAGAGACACCCGCUUCAGACUGUUCUCCUCUCAUUGACCACAGCCAUGUCCCAGAGUUUGAGGUGGCUCUGUGGGUCAAGAUCACCUUGGCCUUAGUCUACAUCUGCAUCUUUGUCGCGGGCCUCCUGGGCAACAGCAUCACCAUCAAAGUCACCAGGAUCCUGCAGAAGAAAGGCUACCUGCAGAAGGAGGUCACUGACCACAUGGUGAGCCUGGCCUGCUCCGACCUGCUGGUCAUCCUGCUGGGCAUGCCCGUGGAAUUCUUCAGUGCCAUCUGGAGCCCCUUUUCCACCCCCAAUGGCAACAUUGCCUGCAAGCUCUACUACUUCCUCUUCGAGGCCUGCAGCUAUGCCACCGUGCUGCACGUGGCCACGCUCAGCUUUGAGAGGUACGUGGCCAUCUGCCACCCCUUCAGGUUCAAGGCCGUGUCCGGACCCCGCACGGUGAAGAUGCUCAUUGCCUUUGUCUGGAGCACCUCUGUCAUUGUGGCUCUGCCCCUGCUCUUUGCCAUGGGCACAGAAUAUCCCCUGGAGAUUGUCGAGGGCUACCAGAGAACGAGUUCCUGUGUCAAACCCACUCCCAGGCACUACAUUCCUGAGCUGAAGCACAACAUGACCAUCUGCACCUGCCUCUCCUCCAAGUGGUCUCUGUUCCAAGCCAGCAUCUUCAGCGCCUUUGCUGUGUACAUCAUCGUGCUGGGCGCUGUCACCUUCAUGUGCCACAGCAUGAUGAAAGCCCUGAUGAUCCACAAGAAGGGGACUGUGGCAGUGAAGGGUGGACUAAAGCACCAGGAGCAGUACCUGAGGAAAAGUGAAAGUUCAGAGGGCAAGAGCUCCAGGAGACAGAUCACUUUAUUCCUAGGUAAGAGCUGUGUCCUACUCUGCCUCCCCUCCCUCGCUGCCCCCUUUCCACUUGGGAAGAAAGCCCAGAAACCUCUGUUUUUUAUCUCACCAAGCUCUCCCAAAUGGUUUGAAAGUGGUACAAAAUGAGGGAUAAUACUUUUGGUUGUGAUGACACAUUUCAAGAAGCCUGAUGUUUCUGUGUGUUUUUGGUUCUUUUUGUCAUUAGAACAGGGGGGAGGGGAAAAGAGGGAAAAAUCAAUUUACUGUCUGCUGUUUCUGUUGGAUUUUAUUACAUGCCUACAUGCAGCAAUAUGGGUGACAGGCUGCUGCAGCUUGACCUUUGGGGUAGCAAUAGGCAAGAGUUGCCUGGAUAUAAAGUAGCUCUACUUGGAUGUUUUCCCACUAAAUUACAAAUAUGAGUGUAUUUAGCAAGGCUGCUGAUAGGAGGGAAGACUGUCUUCCCUCAAGAUGAUCUCAAGCUUGUCUCUCCCUGAAGGCAUUUCCCUGUUAAUUCAGGAUGCUCCUUGGAGAGUUCUCAGCCUCAGCAGUUGUGACUGUGUUGCAUUUGAGCAUUAAGGAAGCUGGACUGGAGAGUUGAUUUGGUCUCAAAAUUGCAGUCGCCCUCUUUGAAUUUUUUUUCCUCUGGUUUUAUUUGA